CCGUCGCCGCGUGCUUCAGGGCAUCAAAGGCCUGACUGUUUUCGCGUGAGACGUCAGAGUGACUUUGAAGUUCGGGCGUCCAGAGGAGAGUCGCGAGGAGGAUGUCCGUGUCCGCGAGCUUGAGGGUAUCAGACGGAGAUCGGACGAUGGAGCAUCGCAAGCCUCAAGUGUCAAGUCAUCCCUUUAGCGUGGAGUCUCUCAUAUCAAGCCACAAACCCAGUAAGGACUUUGAAAGAAGGCGUGAGGAUGUGUCCAGUCCGUUCGCUAAAACUGAGCUAAGGGAUUGUGGUUCGGCUGGAAUAUCAAAGCACUUUAUGCAGAGUUCACCCGUCAAAUCCGAAUCACCGGAGCCGGAAGACUGCACUUCAUGGGUUAUGAACUCGACAUACUCGCAAUCGCGCCAGGGAAGUUCCUGUCCUCUCCGCAAGCACAAGACGAACCGCAAACCCCGUACGCCGUUCACCACCUCGCAGCUCCUGGCCCUGGAACGAAAGUUUCGGCAGAAGCAGUACCUGUCCAUUGCAGAGCGAGCGGAAUUCUCCAGUUCCCUCACUCUUACAGAAACCCAGGUGAAGAUCUGGUUCCAGAACCGACGGGCCAAGGCCAAGCGUCUACAGGAGGCCGAGCUGGAAAAGCUCAAGCUGACUGCUAAACCAACCCUGCAUCCUAAUUUCAGUCUGCAUCUUCCUCUUGGGACGCAGCUCCAUUCGGCGGUCUCGCUCUAUGGACAGUCUUAUCCUUUCCAAAGGCCUUUAUUGCCCAUUGCUCCAGUUGGGCUUUAUGGAGCACCUUUGGGGUACAGCAUGUAUCACCUUGCUUGAGAGGAGGUGCUAUGAACAGCUACGGCUCUGUGGAUGUAUAGAAAGACGAUGUUUACAAUCUUUGGGUAUCCAAGUCCAAAAAAACAAACAACAACCAAAACAUCUAAAACCCAUGAUUCCUUUUCAUUGCGUGCCUUAACACACAUCCUGAAAGACCUGAUAUGAAUAUCAGAACAUUUUACCUCACUUUCCACUGACAGAGAGAUCAAAUAUUACCCUGUGGAUGGAUAACUAUAAUGCCAAACCUUAUUUGUAUAUUUGUGUCAUACGUCUUCAUGUAAUAUAUUGUAAAAUGAAUUAUUUUGUGUACUAUAAAGUCCACUGUAAUAAUGUUGGAUGGAUUUUCAUCCUGUUAAAAUGAUUUCUGACAGGCUCAUACACUGAUACAGCGUCAUACAUCGAUUUUACUUCUCAAGAUGACGGCUGACUUACCUGUUGCUUUGCUAUAAUUGAUGGAUGGCGUUUUUUAAGGUUAUAGCUCUUAAAGGAAAUUAGCAAAUUAUAAGCCAAUGAUUUACAUAUAUUUAUAAGAUAAAAACAUUGAUAUUUCAUUGAAAGGUUUAAAAUAAGAUUUGUAUCUUGGGUAGUAAAGUAAAAGGCUUUUCUCUAUACAUUGUUUUCAUCCAACAUAGAAGCAAGCUGGACAGUUAUAUGCAAUUAUAUCUUUUUUAUAUAUAUUUAGCUACAAUUUUAUAUAUUUAUACUGUAAUUAUUCUUCACUGAAAUCCCUUUGAAAGGUGCUGUUGUGUACAGUUGAUAGUUUUUAAGACAUCUGGAUGGAGAAUAAAUAAUGCUUGUUUACUUUG